AUGGCGCCUUCUACCUCGAACCUCACCCGACCACUAGUGCUUGAUAACGCCUGUGAAGGCGUUGGGUACACACCGCUUUGCCGAUUGGACCGAUUGGCAAAGGCUCAUGGAAUUAAGAGCAAUCUCUUCGGCAAGGUUGAAUUCAUGUCAGUUGGGGGGUCUGUAAAGGAUAGGAUCGCAAAGCGUAUGGUAGAACAGGCUGAGAAAGACGGUGUGCUCAUCCCUGGGAAGAGCGUGGUGAUUGAGCCCACCAGCGGAAACACCGGCAUCGGUCUUGCGUUGGCAUGUGCCGUACAUGGGUACCCACUCAUCAUUACGCUUCCUGAGAAGAUGUCUUUGGAGAAGGAACUUACCAUGCGGGCCCUCGGCGCCGAGAUUGUUCGGACACCUACCGCUGCGGCGUCUAGCAGCCCUCUAUCCAAUUUGGGCGUCGCCAAGCGAUUGAAGGACGCAAUUCCGAAUGCUGUUAUCUUGAAUCAAUACACUAACCCCAACAAUCCUCUCGCCCACGAACUGGGUACUGGUCCUGAAAUUAUUGCUGCUAUCGAAUCUCUCCCCGGAAAUCAAAAUGUUGACGUUUUUAUUGCGGGCGCGGGCACGGGUGGCACUAUUUCCGGAACCGCCAGGGCUCUUAAGAAGUAUAACAAAGACUGCACGGUGGUUGGCGUGGAUCCGCGUGGCAGUAUUCUUGCUCUUCCUGAAUCCUUAAAUAAGUUGAAGGAGGGAGAGGACCUAUCGUAUCAAAUUGAGGGAAUCGGGUAUGAUUUUAUACCGGAUGUUCUAUCCCGGGAACCUGGAUUGAUCGACCAGUGGGUCAAGGUCCAGGAUGAAGAUGCUUUCAAGCUAGUCCGAGACGUCAUGAGACGAGAAGCAUUAUUAAUUGGUGGUAGCAGUGGCUCUGCCAUUGCUGGAGCACUCCGAUGGUUAAAAGCAUCUCCAGAGCGGGAUGUUGAGGGUCAAAAUGUUAUCAUUAUGCUACCUGAUGGACUCCGAAACUACAUGAGCAAACCUUGGUUCGCCGAAGGGCUUGUAGGGCGUGAGCUAGGGGCGGAUCUAUCUCCAGAGGUCACCUCAAGAAUCCACAAGGUACUCGCAGAUAACUACAAAUAUUCACUCUCAGGAAACGACGAAGCCCCCACAAAUGACAAGGUUGAGGUAGCCGUGGCCGCUCUGGCCGAGACGAUGAAGGACAUUGCUGUUGGCACCAGGGGUGUGAAUGGCGUUGGCAAAGCUGCUGCUUAG